AUGGUACAUCUACUCAGUGGUGACCGACCUUUCUCUACAGUACAUCACCUAUUGAAGAUGCUUCUAUCCUCUCGCUCCAAACCCACUAUCCAAGACUCCGACAUGGCAGAGGACAUGGAUGAACCUCCUGAUCACCGCUUCCUCAACGCCUCUCCUAGAGCCAUGGAUGAGGGAAUCGUUUACGUCAAAUCCCCCACCAACAUGACGGAUCGAAAAGAAUCCCUUCUUACGCGCGCACUCAAGAGCAGCCCUACUGUCAGCCCAUCAGAACAACAUCCUUCUCACGAACACAAUUUCUACCGCUCAUAUACCUACGGCAACAUAAGUGGCGUUUCGACAGCUGAGCUGACUAGUGACGGCGGCCUCACAAGUCCGUCCUUGUCUCAAACCUCGAGUCCACCCCUAUCCUCGCAGCUACCUGGUAAUAAUCCACUUGUGGUGGCUAACAACAGCAAGGCAUCCGGGGCUGACAGUGGUGAGUCGGCCGUGGAAGCGAACCUUGGACGCAAGAGGUGCAUUAGCUUCGCCUGUGGCCGCAAGGAAGAAGUACAGAAACCACAACCACCAACACCUCAACGACCCAACUCUCAUGUUCAGUCUAACGACCCCGCCCCGGUAGAGCCCAAACGAAAGACUGUCCUCACCUUCGUCUGUCCGGCAAGGGUUCCUGAGUCUUGCAGGGAUCGAUCUCCUGCGCGUCGCUGCACUUUGAAAGCUCGUCCUCGUGGAUCUCCAGCCCCUCUUGCACGCAAGGCCUCCCCCGAGAAGGAUACCCGCCUGAAGAUCACCAUUCCUCAAGAACACAAGCCUGUUCCUCAGGAACAAUCAACUGCCCCUCAGAAUGAGAAGACCCCAGACACUCGAAGGGGGGUUCCCACCAGUGGCUUGGGGAAGUUUGAGAAUUCCGAAGCAACCCGAUUCCACGAGUUCGCAAGCUCCUUUGAAGAAGAUGACGAAUGGGUGACCAAGUCCUCCGAGUAUAAGGAAAAGAUCACAUUGAAUGAUUGCAUGAAGAAAGAAAAUGUCAUCAGGAAACUUGCCGAGGAAGCAGAAGAGGAGGCCCUCGAGGAAGACGAUGAAGAAGCCGAUGUUGCGGACGAUGACUCGACUGUUCACGACUUCUCUUCCGACGAAGAUGAUGGAAAUGAGUCUGAUAACGAGGCUGGGUUCGCUGACUCGGACGAGAGCGAUGAGGGCUCUGAAUACGAAUUCUGGGCUCCUGGAAGCACCACUGCUACCACUAGCCCUCAUUCUGUCGAUGUACCUCGCUUCUCGUUCGCCCGUAGAGACUCCGCCAUGUCUUUUGACUCCUUGAACGAUGACAACCAGCACCGAAAAUGGCCUCCUGCUCUUUCAGGGAGAACGACAGGUCGCCCCAUGAAGAUCCCCAAAAUGCGCCCCGGUACUCCCAACCUGCCAGAUAGCACUGAUUUUGUCUGUGGCACUCUUGAUGAGGAUCGACCUCUUGAGGCUGCCUACAAGUCCUGCAUCGAGCAACGUCGUCUCUCUAAGCAAAUCAUCAUCCCUCAGGACAUCGACCCUAGCUUCCCGACAUCUGAUCCCGAGGACAACGAUGAUGAGGAUGAGGAAAUGGAAUCAUCCACUAUUCUAGAUGAUGUCCCUCGAGGUCGGUCAGAUGGAGAACAGUCGCGCAAAAUCUCUCCUCGAGUUUCUCCCAGACGGAUGGUCUCACCUCCACCUCGUCGCCAAGGUAGAGCCUCGCCCAGACGUCUUCGCUCCCCGCCACCCCCGAUGAAGCUCAGAUUAUCCAAGAAUGACGAGCAGUCUCUCGACGCAGCUCCCGCCAUGCACCAUGGUCUCAACAUUAGUGAGUUGGUGCAGCGCCCAAUACUGACUCGCACCAAAUCAUUACCCCGCACACCCAAUCCCUUCUUUACUACAAAGGACUCUUACCGUUGGUCUGGCAUCGUACCGAUCCAGGAGUCCCACGAGCGUGACUCGUCCCGUACUCGUGAAAUUCAUACUCGAAGUGCAAUCGACAUUGUCGAGGGUCUAGAAAAGAAACGCCAGAAACGAAAGGAAAAAUUCUGGCGCCAACACUGCCGCAAAGCUGCCAAAGAGCAGAUGGAACGGCGCCCUAUUCCCGGAAAAGGAGCUGAACGGAUGAAGGAGCUUGGCCUUGAAGUGGCUGAGCGUUUCAGAGCUUACGGAGUCGUCUACGACCUUUUGUCGUCUCUUGGCUUGCUCAACAAGCACGCUAAGCUCUUGUUCCUUGGUCUCGAUAAUGCAGGGAAAACCACCCUUUUGCACAUGUUGAAGAAUGACCGUGUUGCCAUCCUUCAACCUACUGCUCACCCAACAUCGGAGGAGCUCGUCAUUGGAAACAACCGAUUCACUACCUUUGACCUCGGUGGCCAUCAGCAGGCCCGACGUCUCUGGAAAGACUAUUUCCCCGAAGUCAGCGGCAUCGUUUUCCUCGUUGACGCCAAGGACUACGAGCGAUUCCCCGAGUCCAAGGCCGAACUCGACGCCCUUCUCGCCAUGGAAGAGCUUUCCAAGGUGCCUUUCCUGGUUCUUGGAAACAAGAUCGAUCACCCGGAUGCUGUGAGCGAAGAUGAACUCCGACACCAACUGGGCCUGUACCAGACAACGGGUAAAGGUAAGGUGCCGCUUGAGGGCAUUCGGCCCAUCGAGGUGUUCAUGUGCAGUGUUGUCAUGCGACAGGGGUACGGCGAGGGUAUUAGGUGGCUGUCUCAAUAUGUCUAG